AUGGCAUCUCCCGCCCCCAAGCAUUUUCCUGAUCGUCCUCAGUUCUCGGGCUUCAUGAAGCCAUGCCGAUUUGAAGGAGAAGUUCAACAUUUGGAGGUGCAUGGAGAUCUUCCUAGUGACAUCAACGGUACUUUUUUCCGUGUCAUGCCAGACCCUCAGUUGCCCCCCUUCAUCGACAAUGACCCUUGGUUCAAUGGAGAUGGAAAUGUCAGCGCGUUUCGCAUCAAGGAUGGAGUAGCGACUUUCCAGCAAAAAUAUGUUCGCACCGAGAAGUUUGUACGCGAGAGAGAAGCCAACCGCGCGCUUAUUGCUUCAAAAUCAGGGAAAUAUAGGAAUAAAUUCACUGAUGCGGUGGAUUUUACCGUCAGAACUACUGCCAACACGAAUGUUGUCAGCUUCAACGGCCAGCUCUUGGCGCUCAAGGAGGAUUCUCCCCCAUAUGCAAUGGACCCGGAGACUCUGGAAACAAAGGGCUUGUAUACCUUUGAUGGCCAGCUUCCUAGCGUGACUUUCACUGCUCAUCCGAAGACAGAUCCAGCGACUGGGGAGUUGAUUUGUUUCGGUUACGAAGCCAAGGGAGACGGCACCCCCGAUAUUUGUUAUUACACGAUUGGUCCCGAUGGCAACUUUACCCAGACUUUGUGGUUAGUGAGCCCUGUCUGUGGAAUGAUCCAUGACUUUGCAGUGACAGAGAACUGGGUUCUUUUCCCCGUGAUUCCCCAGUUAUGUGAUAUUGAGCGAAUGAAGCAGGGUGGAGAACACUGGCAAUGGAGCCCUGAAACCCCUUUCUAUAUCGGAGUGAUCCCUCGCUACGGUGCCAAAUCUUCAGAUGUCAAGUGGUUUACAUACAAGAAUUCCUUCCCUGGCCAUACGGCCAAUGCCUAUGAGCACGAAAACGGCAAAAUUGUAUUUGAUCUUGGACUGAGUGACAAGAAUGUCUUCUACUGGUGGCCUGAUGCCCAGGGAAACUCGCCUGAUCCCAUGACGAUCCACACCCAGCUAACACGCUUUACCUUCAAUCCCAACGCUGAAGAAGGAUGCCUCCCCGAACCAGAGGUCUUGCAUGAUGGAAAUUCGGAAUUCUAUCGCAUUGAUGAGCGGUUUUCGGGAAAGCAGUAUCGCCAUAGCUACUUCGAUCUCAUGGACCCGCGCUUGGGAACAGACUUUGCAGCUAUCGGCCCGGUCAUGGGCGGCGGAUACCCUCCUUACAACGCGCUGGCACAUUACGACUGGAGCACGGGCAAAACGGAAGUUUACUUUCCGGGGCGCACACAUCUCGUGCAAGAGCCAGUUUUCAUUCCUCGGGUAGGCUCUACAGAAGAAGGGGAUGGAUAUCUGAUGGCAUUGGUAAAUAACUAUCGCACCAUGUCCAGUGAACUGCAUCUUCUAGACUGCCGGGAUUUCACCAAAGCCCGAGCGACUAUUUUGCUUCCUUUGAGGCUCAGAGCCGGUCUGCACGGGAACUGGGUUGACAACUAA